AUGGAUCGGAAGCGGAGAAAGACCAAAGACUUUGCAGUGGAGGGUGGCAACAAGUCCAAUGUCACUGAUUUCAAUGCUCAUCCCAUGGAAUUCAGUGAGGAUAGCGAGGAGGAUGAUCCUGAGGUCAUAGAUGACUGCCCUCAACACUCCCCUAUCAAUCUGAUAGUUGAGCUUGAGACAUUGAAUAGGAAGAAAGAUGUUGUGUGCCUUAUCUUCUCUUAUCCUCCUUUCAACUCCUUCGACAAAGAGAGACACAAAAGUUGGAUCAUGGAUGUUUUGGAGAUUAAUCACAAAGUGAGAGAAUUGGAAGCAUCUUCCAAGGGGAAAGAAAUAAAUGCUCAAAAAGUACUAUCUUAUGAAAUCACUCGAUUGUUGGAUCAUUCAACCCAUGAUAUUGAAGAUUAUGUUCCAUCCUUCAUCAUUAACAAGAUGUUAAAGAAGAAUCUUGUUGCCAGAACAACUGAAAGAGAAGUGCUUGAUUUGGCUAUUGAUUUUACUGUUCGCCAAAUUUUACAAGAUUUAGGAAUUCCAGAACUUCGGAGGAUUGGGAUUUCAGGAAAAGAUGAUAAAAGCCUCAUGUCAAGAUUGAUGAACCUACCCGGAACUAAAGAAGCUUUUAAUAUUGUCAUUCAGGUUGAUGUCUCAUCUUGUUGUACCAUUGGAGAAAUUGAACAUAGCAUUGUGAGAAAACUGGGUCUCUCAAGGUCUAGUAGACAGGAAGCAGAUGAAUUAUUGAAAAGCAAAAAUUUCUUAAUCCUUCUUGAUGGCUUUGAUUCGGGGAUAAAUCUAUAUGAAGUGGGGACCAGCUGGUGGAACUCAGAGAACUUUCAAAAGAUAGUUUAUAGAUGUGGAUCACUUCAUAGAUUUGACCCAACUGGAGUAGGUCUGGGGAUCAGAUUGGAGGAUCAUCUAUUAUCAUGGGAGUUAUUUUGUUGGAAUGUUGGAGAAUUUCUGCAUUCUUCAAGUAUCCAAUGCUUCGUUAUACAUCUGUUAAAACAGUGUUGCGGCCAUUUACUUGCCACCAUUCUAAUGGCAAGAGCCUUGAAAGGGGUCAAUGAUGUUCGCAUAUGGGAAUAUGCAUCUCAUAUUCUGGGCUUGCAAUCAAUAUCACAAACAGAAGACAGAAUUCUGUUUAAUGCAUUGACACUCAUUCGGAGAGGUUUGGGUUCAGCAGAUCAAUGUUUAAAACACUGCACAUCUUACUUGGAGAGCAGUGGGACAGAUAAAAUUGAUUUGAUUGGGAGGUGGGUCCAAGGCACCUUAGUUGGAACACUUGAUGAAGGAGAAAAGGUUGUUGGAGAUCUUGUCAAUGCCUUCUUGUUGGAGAGUUCUCAGAAGGGAAAUUCAAUCCGAAUGUGGCAUGAAAUCCGUGUAGAGUUAAUAAAUUUGUAUGAAACUGAAAUGAAUCCCAUACUUGUUAAACUAGAUGGAAGAGGACUAACAGAGGCACCAAAACUUGAGACAUGGACGGAUGUCACUGAGAUGCAUUUGAUGAAUAAUAAGAUAUCUAAGCUACCAGAAUAUCCAAAUUGCCCCAAACUCAGCUUAUUGUUUCUACAAGCCAACCAUCAUCUGAGAGUUAUUCCUCCUCAUUUUUUUGAAUGUAUGCCAGUCCUCAAAGUUCUAGACUUGUCCCAGACUAGAAUAAGGUCUUUACCACAAUCCUUUUUUAAGUUAGUUCAACUCCAAAAAUUCUUUUUAAGAGGUUGUGAAUUAUUCAUGGAGCUACCACAAGAAGUUGGAGAACUUCACUAUCUUGAGGUGCUUGAUCUGGAUGGGACUGAAAUAAAAAAUUUACCUGUUUCUAUUGGAAAAUUGACGAAUUUGACAUGCUUGAAAGUGUCAUUUUAUGGGUAUAAUGACAGUGAUAGAAAAAACAGCCAGUCAAAUAGAAUCAUUCCCCAAAAUUGGAUAUCUAAUCUGCUUCAAUUAAAAGAGUUAAGCAUAGAUGUGAAUCCAAAUGAUCGGGGGUGGAAUGUUAUAGUGAAGGACAUUGUAAAGGAAAUUUGCAGCUUAGCCCAGUUGGAAGCUCUUGAACUUUACUUGCCAGAAGUUGUACUUUUAAAUGACUUGAGGAAUAGUUUGUCAUCCCUGAAGCACUUCAGAUUUACUGUUGGCCAUCAUGAGCAGCGCAUAAUAUCUCGACUGCCACUUGAAGCUGCUGUUAAACUUGAAGAAGAAGAAAGAUGCUUAAAGUAUGUGAAUGGUAAAGGUGUUCAAAUUGAAAUUAAGGAGGCACUCCAGCAUGUUACAACAUUGUUCUUGGAUCGCCAUUUAACUCUAACCAGUUUAUCUAAAUUCGGGAUUGGGAAUAUGGAGAAUCUAAAAUUUUGUUUAUUAGGGGAAUGCAAUGAGAUCCAAACCAUUGUGGAUGCAGGUAAUGGUGGAGAUGUUCUACUUGGAUCACUAGAGUAUUUGAAUCUUCAUUAUAUGAAGAAUUUAAGGAGCAUUUGGAAGGGCCCACUUUGUCAAGGUUCUCUAUUCAGUCUGAAAUCUUUGGUGUUGUAUACCUGCCCCCAGUUGACUACCAUUUUUACAUUCAAUUUGCUAAAAAAUCUCCGCAAUUUAGAGGAGCUUGUGGUCGAAGACUGCCCCGAAAUCAACAGCAUAGUGACUCAUGACGUUCCUGCUGAAGAUCUACCACGGUGGAUAUACUAUCUUCCAAACUUGAAGAAGAUAUCACUUCAUUACUUGCCUAAAUUGAUCAGCAUUUCUAGUGGUGUACCGAUUGCACCAAUGUUAGAAUGGCUAAGCGUCUAUGAUUGCCCAAGCUUCAGAACUCUUGGCCUGCAUAGAGGAAAUUUGAAGGUGAUUAUAGGAGAGAGAGACUGGUGGAAUGCAUUGCAGUUGAAAAAAUCAGAACAGCUUUGGCUAUCUAAUCGGCCUUCAACCUUUGUUCCAAUUGAAAGGGACAAAGAUUUGACAACACAAUUAGCUGAAAUCAAUUAUCAACUUCCAGCUCGGAUGCAAGGAAGAGAGCCUUCUCAACAGUCAGGUUCGGGAACAAGGUCAAAGCAGAAGCAAGUAGCUCAGGCAUCUUUUCAUAAAGUGGUCACUCUCAGCACUCCAACCUGCUCAUUCAAGCUUGAUGAGCAAGUUAAGCCUCAACUUGAAACUUUGCAGACCACUGCUGAUCUUCUAUUUCCAGUGUUGGAAACAGAGAAAUCGAAACGUACAAAUGCUGCCCAGACCUGCCCAAAUUCCGAUGUUCCUACCAUUGCAGUGGGAAAAAUCGAAACGGUUUUGGCCAUCCAAGCUGGGCUCUAUCUUUGUUCCAAUUGA